AUCCGUCAAUCCAGUUGGCUGUCGUGGUGGGCGCAAGUGAUCUUGAGCGUCAUCUCCGCCAUCACGCUCUUCUUCGCCAACGCCGUGCGAGGGCCGAUGCAGGGCAACAUCCUGGCGAACGGAGUCUUCAUGGCGGGGCUGGGGCUGGCGCUCAGCUUCAUCAACGUGAUCUGGACGACAGGAUAUCAGAGGAUCGCAGCGAAGCAGCUUGAGACCCCCGAGGCCGCCAUGUCCUUCAGGAGCUUCUCGAGGACAGUGAGGGUUGGGGUCAUCGUGGCGCUGACGGGCAUGUUUCUCACGCUGCUGGGAGCUGAGCAGAUCGUCGGCACCCUGGUGGCCAAGUCGAUUUCAGGAUCCAUCCUGAUUGCCAACGGAGGAGGGAUAGCGGCACAGACUGCCUCGCUGCAGCUACAGGUCUGCUCCUUCAUCGACCCCCGUCAGCUCGGUUUCAGGACUGAGUGUUGUUGGCAGGCUCUGGACAUCUUUGUUGUGCAGGCGAACACCAACACGCUACUGAGCCACCUGUCAAGUCUCGUCAACUCUCUCUUCAUCGCAUCUCAGAUCCCUCACAAAGACGAGUGA